AUGCUGGAAGUUCACAUCCCGUCGGUGGGGCCCGAGGCCGAGGGCACCCGGCAGAACCCCGAGAAAGGCCACAUGGUGUUCCGAGUGGAGGUGCUGUACCGCGGGCGCAGACACGUCGUGCAGAGGCGCUACAGCGAGUUCCACGCGCUCCACAAGCGGAUCAAGAAACUGUACAAAGUGCCCGACUUCCCCUCGAAACGCCUGCCCAACUGGAGGACCCGAAGGUUGGAGCAGCGGCGGCAGGGCUUGGAAGCCUAUAUCCAGGGCAUCCUAUACUUGAACCAGGAUGUGCCCAAGGAACUACUGGAAUUCCUGAGUCUUCGGCACUGGUCCACAGACCCCAAGGCCAGCAACUGGGGCUCCCUGGGGGAGUGCCUGCCUGCCGACAACAGCUCGCAGCUGUACCACCGGCCUGUCGUCAGCUUCCCCAUGGAUCCUUACAUCUGCAUCCCAUCCCCAGAACCUCUGCCCAACAUGGUGGUGCUCGGCGUGCUCCAGGGCCUCUAUGGCUUCAAUGCCAGCACAGCUGAAGCCCAGCUGGAGGCCGCCUGUCACCCUGCUCCAAUGCCACCGACGCCCUGA